GUUGGAUAACCGUAGAAUCAUCAAGGCGAUAGUUUAGAGUCAUCAGAGUGUAGAUAUUCGAAGUUAUGAGCUUGGUGAACUAUUGGGGUGCAUUGCAGAAUUUGUGGGGAAAGAAGCGGCAACGUCUGACGAGCGUAGUUAAUUCGAGUAGUGGGAGUGAGUGUUUUGGAUCACGCGGUCGUACACAAACGACGCUUGCUCAUCGGCGCCGCUGUUCGUCAGUCAGUCGCUUGCCGUUCGUUAGAGAAGAACGUACUGUCGCCAAAAUGUCUGAGACACGCGAGGAAUACAAACUGGGCGAUCUUGUAUGGGCUAAAAUGAAGGGUUUCUCACCGUGGCCCGGCCGGGUUUCACACGCAAAAGACUUGAAGAAGCCGAACACAAAAAAAGGCCCAAUGCAAUGCAUAUUCUUCUUUGGAUCCAACAACUAUGCUUGGAUAGAAGAGACAAGCCUCAAACCUUAUCAAGAGUUCAAGGAAACCCUUGUCAAGUCCAGCAAGUCCACUACGUUCAAGGAUGCUGUUGAAGCUAUCGAAGAAUAUAUCACCAAAGGAGAGGUGAUGGAUGACGGCAUAGAUCCGGACUCUCUCUUCGACCGUCUCAAAGAAGAUACUAUCAAUGCAGAGAAAAAGAGUCCAAAGACCCCAAAACCUCGCAAGGAAACUCCAAAAGCGAAAAGACUCGACAGUAGCGGUGGCGCUGAUUCCAUUCGUCGUCCAGCGAAAAAACAACGGCGAGAAUCGAGCACGAGCAACAGCAAUCGCGUUGGUAGCAUGAGUCCGGCUUUGAAUCACACCAGUCCCCCGAGAAAAUCAGGAUCGACUCUUCUCAAUAGACCAGCUAAUAUCGCCAGACCUGUAACACCACCCCUGGACGUGGAAACUCUGUCCCAGACCUUGAAGGAGAAAAACAUACUCCCUUCGACCCUGAAGUUCGGUUUUCUCGGUCUCGGAAUAAUGGGCAGUGGGAUCGUCAAGAACCUCAUCAAUAGCGGUCACAGCGUAAUCGUGUGGAAUAGAACUCAAGAAAAGUGCACCGAUUUUGUGAAAGCUGGUGCUGAGCAAGGUAUGACACCUUCGGAUGUGGUCCAAGCUGCCGAUAUCACAUUUUCUUGCGUGGCUGAUCCGCAGGCGACAAAAGAUAUGGUGUUCGGUAAUUGUGGAGUAUUGACGGAAAUAUCAUCGGACAAAGGAUACGUAGAAAUGACGGGUAUAGACGCGGAGACCUCGCAAGACAUAGCCGAGGCGAUAAACGCCAAGGGUGGACGUUACCUCGAGGCUCAAGUUCAGGGGAGCAAGACACACGCCCAAGAAGGAACACUCGUUAUUUUAGCAGCCGGUGAUAGGUCUCUAUUUGACGAAUGUCAAUCGUGCUUCGAGGCGAUGGGCAAAAACAGCUUUUAUCUCGGCGAAGUUGGCAAUGCUACCAAAAUGAAUCUUGUGCUUCAACUGAUGGCGGGCGUUACACUCGCCGGACUCGCGGAAAGCAUGGCACUAGCUGAUCGUGCUGGACUACAACAAAAAGACGUUCUCGAAGUACUCGAACUUACGUCACUGGCAUGUCCAGCAAUUCUUGACAAGGGACGAGCAAUAAUCGAAGGAGGUUUUCCAACGCAAUUACCGCUUCAGCAUAUGCAGAAAGAUUUGAGAUUGUCGUUGGGUAUGAGCGAUCAGCUGGAACAGCCAUUGCCUCUAGCGGCAGCGGCGAAUGAGGUUUACAAGCACGCGAAGCGUUUGGGAUACGGUGCACACGAUGCCUCAGCCGUUUACAUCAGAGCCAGGUUCUAACCGGGGCUGAUCAUCGAACGGGCUUUUGCUAUAAGAUAUUUAUUGCAAUAUCUGACGUUGUUCUCCCCCUCCUCGAUCCUUUGACUAUGCGUGACCAAGAACGUAUAAUCGGGAGAAUAUGUAAUAGAAAGACUUAGCGAAAAAACAGGAGAAUUAAUUGAAAAUAACGAUUAUGAAGGAUGACGUCAAAGCGGUAGGAAAAGAAAAGAUGAACGAGGGAUGUGCUGAAUGUGUGUAAGACAAAAAAAAUUCUUCUUUUCCAGCUUUCGGUAAUAUAUCGACAAGUAUCUCGUCAUUCGAAGUGCUGGACUCACGAUCCUCCCUUCCCUUUUGGAACUGUAACGUUUUUUUUUUUUUUACUUUCAACUUCACUUGAGUUAUAUGGCUGAGAGUUUGAACUAUCUUGAUAUGCAGAGCUUUUCACUGUGUUCUUCAACCGUUUAUUUUCAAGAAAUAGCAAGCUAGCGUGAAUUACCGAUUCAAUUUUCAAAUAUCUCAAAGUUUGUCAUGUUCGUGAAAGAAGAAAUUCAAUGAAUCGAACGUUUCGAUCGAUACGACGAAUGCAAAACAAGUGACAACCGAGUUCAACUGGACGACAAAGUUCUACGAUUAAAAACUUUUUUCGUUGGGUCUUUGUUCAAACGUAUAUAGAAAAAAUAUAUAUUGAUACAGCAUUCCUAAUACUCGAUUAUCGGUCACGAGGCGAAAUUACGAAGGGAAAAAAACCUCCGUUACGUUACGCCGAGUAGGUGAUGGAUGCAGCUGACAAUGAUCACACGCAUCUCGACACUUUUUUGAGAUUGUGCCUUACAAUACUGCUCCACGAAAGAUUGUUAGAGACAUGCAUAUUAUUUAAAGAAUUAAAGAUCAGAAAAGUUAAUCUUUGAAGUUGAAGACGUUUCUCCUUAAUCGUACCGAAUUUCACGUGGAAAGUUCUUCUACCGAGGAUCCUCAUCUCUCAUGCCUCAAGAUCCUACUCCGAAGCCUCGAUAUACCCGAGAAAGGGAGGCAAGGGAGUUUACCACGAAUGGAUCAUCAAUUAGUGAUUUUUCGAACAACCGAUACGUAAAAUAAAAACAUUCCGAUCAGUUAUCCGUUUGAGCUCGUUUAACGAAUAUGUACAUGAUUUUUUAAACAUUUGUCAUUGUCAGUGACUAAAUUGGAUCAUCGCGAACCGAAGGACUGAUUUUUUUUUUUUUUUUUUCGUUUUGUCUGUGAGUGCGGUAUUGAGACGUAAUUAUACUGAAGAAAAAUUUUUUUAGUUAUUGAUUUUAAGCUGUUCGAUUUUAUAUCACGAUUAUUUUUACAAAUGUCGUUCCGUUAUUUCAAGACGAUUCAUUCGCUGUAACGAAAUUUCUAAAAAUCCCCAGAGUAAAUAUUGUUUCCCAUUUCGAAUCAACAAAGAAUUUGAGAAACAAAAGUGGAGGGGAGACAGGAAAUUAACGGAAAUACUGAAUAUCGGUAAUCUCAUCAACGUUCGAUAACUAUUUUUUCGAGGCAUCCCAUUUUUUGACAGAACUUGUGCAAAGGUUUGAAACACACAAUUUUGUCGUCGAGUUACAUGAAACAUAAAUGCAAUUGAUCCAUUUUCCAAAUCGAUCCAUUCGUGGUAAACGCAAGCCCUGCGUACAUACAAACAUACAAAUAGUUUUUAUUUUCUAUUUUUAUUUUUGUUCGAUAGAUCUAAUUUUGUUCAGUAAAUCUCUGCCUCGACCAGUGACACAGCGAUAUUCAAAAUCCACACAAAUCCGUAAGAUCUUCAGUAAAAACCGUUCGCGUAGAUCAUCAAGAGGAAAGAAUGAUUUAGGGAUAUGCGAGAAUAAACGAUCGAUGGGCUAACCUUGUAUAGUGUAAUAAUCCACUUUGUAAAUUCAAACAUCGACAGAAAUAAUUCGAUCAAACGUUGCAAUAUUUUUUCUUUCGAGAGCUCGUGUUAAAUAAUUCGUGGCACUACAUCCUCGUCGUCUGGUCGAUCAUUUUUUCCUUACCACCGAGAAAACAAAUCUAGAACGACGUUUCUUAAUUGUGCCAUUGAGCCGGAUUUUCUUCGAACAAUACGAUGCGGGGCCCGAGACCUAUUUCUGUCUCGUCGUCGUGCCCGAUGAUCGUUCAAUAUUAACAAUUCUUAAAGUGCAACGAACAAAAGAAGCUAAAAAAUCGGAACAAAAAUGAGAAUGUAAUUAUCAAACGAGUCGUCGUCGUUAUCGUUAAACUCGCCCAUAUCACGUACCCUCAUGUAAACUACCGACGCAGUUGUGUGUCGUUACUCGACGAUGAAUUGUACACGUGUAACGUGGUACGAGGCAGAGAUAUUACUGUAGACGAAAUAAAUAUAAAUAUAUAUAUAUUUAUACACAUAUAUAUAUUUAUAUCUAUAUGAAUAUAUAUAUAAAUAUAUAAUUGAAAUCAAUAUAAUUACACAUACACGAAUUACGAUGUAAUAGAUGUAACGGGUGAGAAUCUGGCGAGAAAGAAACCGAGAGAAAGAUAAAUAGGAAGAUAAAAUAUUAUAUUAUGAAAUGAGAAAAGAAUUAAAAAAAAAAAAAAAAAAAAAAGGCAACAAAAAUACAAACAAAUCUUUGACGAUAAGUGACGAGAGGUAAGCUAGAAGAGUGUGAGUGAAAAAUAUGCACGUUAAAAAAAAAAAUACGCUGCAUCUGCUGAUACGCGUUAUAUGUUUUGUCAUGAAAUACACUGGUUUUUGAAUAAAUAUCUAUUUGAAUUAAUA